AUGGCAAGACAGAGAAGAACUUCAAGUGUUGGAAAUAUACCGCUUGGCGACAACGCAGGUCCGGCCCUUUCUACAAUGCAACCAGCAGCCUCGAGUGUUCGGGCUUCUGCCAAGCGGAGAAGAGCCUUGAGCGGAGUGUCGGGGCAGCCCUCGUCUAGUCGUCGGCUAUGGCUGAGAUAUCGUGAAUUGACUUAUCGCAACACUUGGAUCAAUCCAUUGUUGUUAAUGGGAUUCUUUUAUGCGUGGUUUUAUUUGUCGGAAGACCAGUCUGAAAACCACUUUUUACACAAGUUCUUGCGUUUAUCUUAUGCAGUUGAAGGUACUGGUACUGGUCCUGAAAACCCUACCUUGUACGGUAAAGGACCUAAAGAUUUCGCAUUUGUUGGUUUCCAUAUUCUUUUUUUCACUUUCUUUCGAGAAUUCUGUAUGCAAGUGAUUCUUCAUCCAAUGGCCAUUUACUGUGGCAUCAGCAAGAAAUCUAAGAUCUCCCGGUUCAUGGAACAAGCUUAUUCCAUUGUCUACUACGGUCUGUCCGGUCCUUUCGGUUUGUACAUUAUGUACCAUACACCCAUCUGGUUCUUCAACACCACUGCCUUUUACGAACACUAUCCUCAUAAGACCCAUGAGGCUCUUUUUAAGCUGUUCUAUCUGUUACAAGCGUCUUUCUGGGCCCAACAGUCGGUGGUUCUAAUGCUGCAAUUGGAAAAGCCUCGUAAAGAUUUCUACGAGCUUGUUUUUCACCAUAUAGUGACUGUGGCUCUCAUCUUCCUGUCGUACCGAUUCCAUUUCACCUGGAUCGGUCUUGCUGUAUACAUUACUAUGGACAUCAGUGACGUGUUUUUAGCCACUUCGAAGACCCUCAACUAUCUGGAUUCCCCUAUAACCAAGCCCUUUUUCAUUGUUUUCGCCAUUGUUUGGAUAUACAUGCGUCACUAUUUAAACAUUGUGUUCCUAUGGUCUAUUCUCACCGAGUUCCGUACCGUUGGCGACUUUGAACUAAACUGGGACACCCAGCAAUACAAGUGCUGGAUCUCACAAAUCAUUACCUUUGGUCUUGUAUUUGCCCUACAGUUGGUCAACCUGUACUGGCUGUUCCUGAUUUUCCGCAUCGCCUGGAGAUUGGUGUUCUCUGAAAUCGCCGAGGACCCCCGGUCCGAAGACGACGACGAUGACGACGAAGAUGAAUCCUCGCCCGCUCCCGAGUCCAAGAAAGACCAAUAG